AACAUUGGUGUGUUGGAUAUGCUCUAAGCCGCCAAUGUUAUCAAUGCCAAGUCUAACCCAAACCACCUUAGUUCUCCCAGUCCUACCCAAGGCCAACCCCACCACCACCACCACACUUCUCACGGCUCUCUCUUCCUCCACCACCAUCGCUCACCUCAAACAAGUCCACGCCCAAAUCCUCCGCUCCAAACUCGACCGUUCCAACUCACUCCUUCUCAAGCUCGUACUGGCCUCCUGCGUUAUCUCCCCCAGCCUCGACUAUGCUCUCUCCGUCUUCACUCAUGUCUCCAAUCCCGAUGCCCUUUUGUCUAACAAGUUCUUGCGUGAGUUUUCUACCCGUGCUGGUGCCUCCGCGGAGAAGACCCUUUUGGUGUAUGAGAAGAUGCGGAAGGAUGGAGUAGGAGUGGACCGUUUCAGCUUUCCGGCUAUCUUGAAGGCAGCGUCGAAAGCUUCGGCUUUGGCUGAGGGAAUGGAGAUUCAUGGACUCGCUUUGAAGUUGGGAUUCUGUACGGACCCGUUUGUUGAUACGGGGUUGGUUCGAAUGUAUGCGUCUUGCGGGGGAGUAAUGGAGGCUCGCUUGGUGUUCGAUAAAAUGUCUAGGCGAGAUAUUGUCGCUUGGAGCAUUAUGAUUGAUGGGUACUGCCAGAGUGGUCUUUUUGACAAAGUUUUUGUUCUCUAUGAAGAGAUGAAGUACUCUGAUAUCAAGCCAGAUCGUAUGAUACUUUCGACCAUUCUUUCCGCAUGUGGCCGAGCUGGAAAUUUAACCUAUGGGAAAGCCAUCCAUGACUUCAUCAUUGACAAUAAUAUUGCUGUUGAUUCUCGUUUACAAAGCUCUCUUGUUGCCAUGUAUGCAAGUUGUGGCUCCAUGGAUUUGGCCAAAAAAAUGUUUGGCAUGAUGUCAUCCAAAAACUUAGUUGUUUCAACUGCCAUGAUUUCUGGAUAUUCAAAACUUGGGCAGCUUCAAGAUGCUCGAUUGACAUUUGACCAAAUGGCUGAGAAAGACGUGGUCGCUUGGAGUGCCAUGAUUUCUGCUUAUGCCGAGAGUGAUUGGCCUCAAGAGGCGCUUAGGCUGUUCAAUGAAAUGCAACAGUUGGGAGUAAGUCCUGACUACGUAACAAUGUUGAGUGUCAUUUCAGCUUGUGCUCAUCUUGGGGCAUUGGAUAAGGCAAAUUGGAUCCAUAUUUAUGUCAAUAGGAAUGGCUUUGGAAGCACUUUAUCUGUUAAUAAUGCUCUUAUUGAUAUGUAUGCCAAAUGUGGGAGCUUGGGAAGAGCAAGGGAGGUAUUUGAGAAGAUGCCAAGAAAAAAUGUGAUAUCUUGGACCAGUAUGAUUAAUGCCUGUGCAAUGCAUGGUGAUGCCGUCAAUGCUCUAAGUUUCUUCAAUAAAAUGAAAGAGAGAAAUGUUCAACCCAAUGGUGUCACAUUUGUGGGUUUGCUUUAUGCUUGCAGCCAUGCAGGGUUGGUUGAUGAGGGUAAAAAGCUUUUCGCUUCAAUGAUUGAUGAAUACAACAUUGCUCCUAAACAUGAGCAUUAUGGUUGCAUGGUUGAUCUUUUUGGCCGUGCCAAUCUCUUGAGAGAAGCUCUUGAGGUUGUAGAGACUAUGCCCAUGGCUCCCAACGUUGUCAUCUGGGGGUCUUUGAUGGCAGCUUGUCGGAACUAUGGAGAGAGCCAGUUAGGAGAAUUUGCUGCGAAACGCCUUCUUGAGAUGGAACCUGACCAUGAUGGGGCCCUUGUUGUCUUAUCAAACAUUUAUGCCAAAGAAAGAAGAUGGGAUGAUGUUGGGAAGGUGAGAAAUCUAAUGGAAAACAGUGGCAUAUUUAAGGAGAGGGGGUUUAGUAGAAUCGAAUUAAACGACGAAGUCCAUGAGUUUUUUAUGGCAGAUAAAAGACACAAACAAACAGAUGAGAUCUACGAGAACUUAAGCAGGGUAGUUAAUGAGUUGAAACUGGUUGGUUAUGCUCCAAAUACAAGUAGUGUUUUGGUUGAUCUAGAAGAGGAAGAAAAGAAAGAAGUGGUUCUCUGGCACAGUGAGAAGUUGGCACUUUCUCUUGGGUUGUUGAUAAGCAAAAGUAAAGUUUCAUGCAUUCGCAUAGUUAAAAAUCUCAGAAUUUGUGAGGACUGCCACACUUUCAUGAAGCUGUCCUCAAAGGUGUAUGAGAGAGAGAUUCUCGUAAGAGAUAGAACUAGAUUUCAUCAUUUCAAAGACGGUCUCUGCUCUUGUAAAGACUUUUGGUAACUGUAUAAAUUGGUUGAACUAGCAUUUAUACCAUAAUUUAAUUGUUCUCUUCUCAA